AUAUCGGGUAUACUUGACCAAAGCUGAGAGUAACGUGUCUGUGUUUGAGAGGACUAAAGUAAACAGAUGGGUGACAACAACAUAGGCAAAGUCUUAGAGAGAGAAGGCUUUAAGUACAACUUCACGGCAGCUGCAAGUGACACCUCUGCACAAGAUGAGGUGAUUAAAGAGCAAGAUCGGUUGCUUCCAAUAGCAAAUGUGGGGCGCAUCAUGAAGCAAAUCCUUCCUCCUAACGCCAAGAUCUCAAAGGAAGCUAAAGAAACCAUGCAAGAAUGUGUGUCCGAGUUCAUUAGCUUUGUCACUGGGGAAGCUUCUGACAAGUGUCACAAGGAGAAGCGCAAGACCGUGAAUGGCGACGAUAUUUGCUGGGCCCUUGCUACCCUAGGGUUUGAUGACUACUCUGAGCCACUUAAAAGGUACUUGCAUAAGUAUAGGGAGUUCGAAGGGGAGAGAGCAAAUCAAAAUAAGGGUAACAACAACACUUAUGAAAACAACAUUGCAAACAUAUAAAUUAAUUAUGUGGAAGGUGAACUCUUUCUCCAAUUCCCAUGAUCAAUGUGAUUGAUAGUUGUUAAUCUGAUCUUCUAGUUUUCUCCUGAAUUUGAGAUACUCAAGGUGCUUGUAUCCUUAUGUGAUAUAUAUAUGACGUGAGUCAUGUAUGCAUACUCACGUGUUUUAGACCUGAUAUUUUCAUCAAGGGUUGAAAUUACACUAGAUGAACACAUGGUAGCUUGAGAAUCAUGUGAGUUACAACUAAUCUUUGUAUUUGUCUAUCCAAUAAUAAGCUUGAAUCAUUUCCAGAA